AUGGCCACCAAGAGAUGUUUACGAGCAGAAUUACAACCAAACUGGUUGGAUCUUCCAAACGAAAUCAUUGAAUUAAUGAUGACCAAGUUGCCGUCCGUGGAUGUCAUCCGCUUCAAAGGUGUUUGUUUAUCUUGGUAUGCAGCUACGAACUCGUAUAUUUCUACCCAUUGGUCUUCUAAUAAUUCUGAUAAUCAAUCUCCAUGGCUGAUGCUUCCUACUGGACAAAACGACAGCUAUACCUACUUGUUUAAUUUCGCAGAGCAAAAGCAUUACAAGGUAAAGAACGUGUUCCAAAGGCUUGGUGAUCACUAUCAUAAACCUCGAUGUGUUGGAUCUUCAUUCGGGUGGCUCAUAAUUUUUGAUGAAAAUUGCAAUGCAUGUCUUCUCAAUCCCUUUUCAGGAGCUCAAAUCGAACUCCCAUCCACCGAAGAUCUCGGCGGCAGUGAGUACGUUCCUGUUACUAAAGCCAUCCUCUUGUCGGAUCCAUCUAGUAGUUGUACUAAAAGCUUUACAAUCAUAAUUAUAUAUUGUGAUGGAAUACUUGCAUUCUACAGCCACAUUGGAGACCAUGAUAAUGAUAAUAAGAAUAAUAAUAUUAAUAAUACAUGGACUGAUUUUUGUAACGACCCGAGAUUAUAUUGUGAUAUGAUAUACCACGACAGUAUGCUCUAUGCAUUGGAGCACUAUGAGCGUGGUCAUGGUUGCGUCGAAGUUUGGGAUCUUCACCGUGAUUUUCCCAAGAAAAUUACAAGAAUUAUACACCCUACCAAGUUGCCAGAGUUUGCUAGAUUGUAUUUGGCAGAAUCAUUAGGCGACAUCUUGUAUGUGCUUCGGAUUACUACCAAUCAUGAUGAUGAUAAUCAUCCAGACUACAAAGAUGAAUAUUUUAUAUACAAGCUGAAUUAUUGUGCCAGAAGAUGGGAAAAAGUGAAAUCUUUGAAGGGUCAAACUCUGUUUUUAGGUGGAAACAAGUUGUUAUCACUGUGUGCUCGAGACUUUCCAGAAUGGGAGCAAAAUUCAUUAUACAUCACCUAUCGGUUUCCAUUUGAUUUGUUCGCUGAUGGUGAUCAAUAUUUUCGUGAUGUUGGUAAAGUUGGAGUGUAUAACUUUGAUAAAAAAUCUCUCAGGCCUGACAUCAAAUUUAAUAUUGAUCAUUUAACAGAUGAGAGAUGCUUCACACCCUUUUGGAUUGUUCUUAGUGAUGGAGAAAAGCGCACUAGAUACGAUAGAGGAGAAGACCUUGAAGAUAUGGGUAUGGGUGACGGUGAUGGUGGUGCUUUUAACCCUUUAACAGUUCAUGCUUACAUUUGA